AUGGGCCCUCCUCUCCGGCUCCGCCUCCUCCCCAGCAAUGGCCGCCUCACGGCGGCUUUGCUCCUCCUGGCCGCUUGCCUGUCCGCCUGCAGCGUGCAGGCGGUGACAAGCGCGGAGGCCUCCUACAUCGCGCACCGCCAGCUCGUGGCCAUGAAGGAGGCCGGCGGCGGCGAGUCCGGCGACCUCCCGCCGGACUUCGAGUUCGACGACCGCGUCGGCGCCAACUUCCCCAACCCGCGCCUCCGCCGCGCCUACAUCGCGCUCCAGGCCUGGCGCCGCGCCUUCUACUCCGACCCCAAGGGCUACACCUCCAACUGGGUCGGCAACGACGUGUGCUCCUACAACGGCGUCAUCUGCACCGAGGCCCUCGACGACCCCAAGCUCACCGUCGUCGCCGGCAUCGACCUCAACGGCGCCGACAUCGCCGGCUACCUGCCGCCCGAGCUCGGCCUCCUCACCGACCUCGCCUUCUUCCACAUCAACACCAACCGCUUCUGCGGCAUCAUCCCCAAGAGCAUGUCCCGCCUCUCCAUCCUCCACGAGUUCGACGCCAGCAACAACCGCUUCGUGGGGCCCUUCCCCUUCGUCUGCCUCGAGAUGGCCUCGCUCAAGUACCUCGACAUCAGGUUCAACGAAUUCGAGGGCGAGCUCCCGCCGGGGCUCUUCGACAAGGACCUCGACGCCAUCUUCGUCAACACCAACCGCUUCGUCGGACACAUUCCGGAGAACCUCGGCAACUCGACGGCGUCGGUGGUCGUCGUCGCCAACAACGGGCUGACCGGGUGCAUCCCCAAGAGCAUCGGGAGGAUGGCGAGGACGCUGGACGAGAUCAACUUCCUCAACAACAGGCUCGACGGCUGCCUGCCGCUGGAGAUGGGGAUGCUGCAGAACACCACCGUCAUCGACGUCAGCGGCAACGUCCUCGUCGGGACCCUGCCGGAGCAGCUCUCCAACGUCACCAAGCUCGAGCAGUUCGACUGCUCCAGGAACGUCUUCACCGGCAUCGUGCACGAGGCCAUCUGCGAGCUCCCGGCGCUUCAGAACUUCAGCUUCGCCUCCAACUUCUUCAACUCGGAGGCGGCGCCGUGCAUGCCGUCGGAGAAGGCGAGGGUCAGCCUUGACGACAGGGACAACUGCCUCGGCGCGCUCCGCCCGGCACAGAAGACCACGCUGCAGUGCGCGCCAGUGCUCGCGAGGCCCGUCGACUGCAGCAAGAACGUCUGCGCCGGAUACCCGGGGAAGCCGGCGGGUCCGCCAUCGCUGCCGGGGAAGCCACCCAUGGUCAAGGUGCCUCCGACGCCCACGACGCCGACGCCGACGCCUACGCCCACGACGCCGGCGCCUCACCAGCCGGGUCCGCCCGUAAAAUCACCGAACACACCAUCACCACAGGGUCCAUCGCCAAGCCCGGCCCCGGCCGCGCCUGCCGUACCCGUCAAGUCGCCGCCGGCACCGCAGCAAGCUGCUCCGCCGCCGCCCAACUCCGCCUGGCUCCCGGUGACACCCGAGCGCCCCAAGGCGUCGCCACCACAGGCACAGCCUCCGGCGCCAGCCAAGUCUACUCCGCCGUCGACUCCAGGAAGCUCACCCCCGGCGAAAUCCACCCCGCCUCCUGCACCAGUAAGCUAUCCCCCAGCGACGCCGGCGAAAUCCACCCCGCCUCCUGCUCCAGUAAGCUCGCCCCCGGCGACGCCGGCGAAAUCCACUCCGCCUCCGGCACCAGUAAGCUCGCCCCCGGCGACUCCGGCGAAAUCCACUCCGCCGCCGGCACCUGUGGCGUCACAGCCACCACCCGCCAAGUCUCCUCCGGCAGCACCGGUCGCGUCACCACCCCCGCCCGUGAAGUCUCCCCCAUCACCAGCGGCGCCAGUGGCCUCGCCACCACCUCCGGAGAAAUCGCCUCCUCCGCCGGCACCGGUGGCCUCAUCGCCCCCGCCCGUCAAAUCGCCUCCUCCGCCGGCACCGGUGGCCUCACCACCACCGCCCGUCAAAUCGCCUCCUCCGCCCGCGCCGGUGGCUUCGCCGCCACCGCCCGUAAAAUCGCCUCCUCCACCGGCACCAGUGGCCUCUCCACCUCCCCCGGUGAAGUCUCCGCCACCACCCGCAUCACCCCCACCUGCUCCUGUGAGCUCACCGCCUCCCGUGGUGAAGUCCUCCCCACCGCCUGCACCGGUCAGCUCACCACCGCCUGCGCCUAAGGCAUCGCCUCCACCUGCUCCUGUGAGCUCACCACCACCUCCGGUCAAGUCACCACCUCCACCUGCCCCAGUGAGCUCACCUCCUCCCCCAGUGAUGUCUCCACCGCCACCGGCACCAGUGAGCUCACCACCACCACCAGUAAAGUCGCCGCCACCUCCAGCACCAGUGAGCUCACCACCACCUCCAGUGAAGUCUCCUCCUCCACCGGCACCGGUUAGCUCUCCACCACCUCCGGAGAAAUCUCCUCCUCCACCGGCACCGGUUAGCUCUCCACCACCAGUGAAGCCAUCGUCGCCGCCACCAGCUCCAGUAAGCUCACCACCUCCAGUGGUCGCCUCACCCCCGCCGAAGCAAGAAGAGGUAACAUCAUCACCACCACCGGCGGAAUUCCUACCUCCGCCGUCAUUCAACGACGUCAUCCUCCCACCCAUCAUGGCCAACAAGUACGCAUCACCACCGCCCCCUCAGUUCCAAGGGUAUUAAAGCUCCAUGAAGAGAUCGAUGGCAACAAGUGAUUGGAACAGCAUAUAAGCAGAUCGCAAGCACAUACCACACAGCUACAUGUGUAACCCUGCUUCUGGCGCCAAUGUGCUAGCGUACUUUUGUAAGAACCUGCUCAUUUUUGUUCCUAUGAUGCAAGUGCUAUGCGUGAUCAUCUAACUACGUGAGGCGACAAGGUGUAAGCGACAUGCCUUGUACUAUCCUUUUAAUUUUAUAUUUCAGAAAAAGAGGAAUGUUUUCCUGAAAAGAAAAAGAGUACGAGAUGAUGAAGGAACAAAGUUACAAGU